UGGAAGACACACUACACAUGGCCGAUCUCUUCUAAACAGCUGUUCCCAUCUUUCGUCAAAUCCCACGAACAGCCUUGAGACAUGUCGGAAGAUCACGCCCAUACGGAGAAGAAAUCCCACGCAGACGGUGGCGAUGAUGUCGGAGAAAUCGUCAACGGAGGGACGGUGAAUAUUCGCCGCGGAACGGACUAUGUGGCUGUUAAGGAGGAGGAGGAUGAUACGGAGAGUCUUUACUCCUUGGUUUGCGUCAUGAUCGGUUCGAUCCUGUUCCCGGAUUCGAAAACCUACUCGUCUCCUUUGCUUCAACGAAUGAGAAACUCCGUCUCCGAGAAUGGCCCGAAACUUCGAGAAGCUUCUCGCAAAACUUCACGCGAGAUUCUCCAAUGGACUCGUCAUGGCAGCCCGCUUCGUUCACUGCUUGUCAUCACUAUGGGAACAAUAGCUCUUCUUACAACAAUGGCUUUGGUUGUCUUCACGCUCUUCUUCGUAGCUGCAACAGCCAACGCAAUCAUAAUCUCUCUUUUGGUUUCACUUGCUGUUGCUGGUGGCUUCUUGGCUCUCUUCUUUCUCUCCUUGACUGCUAUUUACAUCGGAGCCUUAUCUGUUGCUGCAUUCGUCAUCUCUACCGCUACGGUUUCAGCUGUUUUUUGCGUCUUGAUUGCUUCAGGUUGGAUUGGGUUCUUCUACGCUGUGUGGUUGGGAGCAAGAGGAAGCCUGCGCUUGGUGAAGCAAGUGAUGGGAUUAGCCAUUUCAGUUAAUGGUUUAAACAUCGACUCAUCUAGCUGAGAAGUCUCUACAGAGUUUGUUGAUAAACCCAAAGUUUUGGUCUACCGUGUUGUUAAUGAAAGUUUAUAUGAAUGUUUUUAUGUACUGAACUUUGUUGUAAAGCAGCAGAGAACCAGAAGAAUCUUUUCAAGAAAUCAAUAGUGAACGUUUGUGAUCAA